UGAGGAGGAGGAUGAGGAGGAGGAAGAGGAAGAGAUGGUGAGCUGGGCCAGUGUGAGGAUGCAAGGAGACAACAGGAAGCAGCAGUAUGCAGCUCAGGAAGAGCCGGAGGUGUUCGGUCACCUUCUGAAGAGGCCAAUGGAAACCUUUUUCGACAACCACCACCCAGCCCUGAAAUCCCCCAUCCUGGUCUCUGGUCCUCGAUGCGCUGUGGAGGACACCUUCAGUCGCCACUUUGAGAGCAUCAUGGAGUCUCACCGAGCUAAAGGGACGUCGUACAACAGCCUCGACAGCGAGGAGCUGUUGACGUCGAGCACCCAAACGGUCCUGACCUUUGACCUGCCCACGCUAACCCCUGCCAUCCACGCACCGGUUUGCCAGAGCGCCAGGCAGAUCGUCCAGCUUAGCUUCGCCCCGCUGGCGCACGACGAGAGGCCCAGUCUUUCCGAUUCUAUCUUUACCGUGACCGGGGACUCGGACGCCACCCGAGCCCCGUCCAGCGAGAGGCUGAGCAGCGGCUCGGACGACACGCCGCCCAGAGGAGGAGAGUGUGCACAGCUGGGGAGCAGCUGGUACAGCAACAUUUCUUUCUCAUUACCAAGCAGGGACAAGGCCCGUCUGGCGACAGAUACGGAGCUGGACCAGGACCUCAGUGACAGGCUGGGUCUGGGCAGCAGCGACACCCUCACGAACGGCAGUCACCGUGCCGACGUGGCGGCCGCCAAACGUUUGGCUAAACGUCUCUUCAACUUGGAUGGUUUCAGGAAGUCCGACGUGGCGCGUCACCUCAGCAAGAAUAAUGACUUCAGCCGUAUGGUAGCAGAAGAGUAUCUGAGUUUCUUCAACUUCACUGGCCUCGCUAUUGACCAAGCAUUGCGGACUUUCCUCCGGCAGUUUGCCCUGAUGGGGGAGACUCAGGAGAGGGAGAGGGUGCUGUCACACUUUUCUAAGCGUUACUUGAACUGCAACCCAAGAGUCAUACCAUCAGAGGAUGCAGUUCACACUCUCACCUGUGCCCUUAUGCUGCUGAACACUGACCUACAUGGACAGAACAUUGGCAAGAGGAUGUCGUGCACACAGUUCAUCGGCAACCUGGAAGGACUGAACGACGGCCAAGAUUUUCACAAGGAUCUGCUUAAAGCUCUCUACAACUCAAUCAAGAACCAGAAGCUGCAAUGGACACUCGACGAGGAAGAGCUGCGGAAGUCGUUUUCGGAGCUCGGGGACAGCCUGUGUGACUCCACCGCCUCCAGGUCCAUGAAGCGGGUGGGCAGCAGCGGGAAGCCCCUGUCGGACGGGACGGAGCCCUCUGGAUCGCUGCUCUACAAGAACGGAUUCCUGGUCCGCAAAGUCCACGCCGACUCGGACGGCAAGAGAACACCAAGAGGGAAGAGAGGCUGGAAAACCUUCUACGCCAUCCUAAAAGGGCUAAUUCUCUAUCUGCAAAAAGGAGAAUACCGGCCUGACAAACAGCUCUCUGAGGAGGACCUGAAGAACGCCGUGUCCAUCCACCACUCUCUGGCCAUGAAGGCUUCCGACUACAGCAAGAGGCCCAACGUGUUCUACCUGCGGACGGCGGACUGGAGGGUGUAUCUGUUCCAGGCACCGAACGCGGAGCAGAUGCAGUCUUGGAUCACACGGAUCAACACGGUGGCCGCCAUGUUCUCAGCUCCUCCCUUCCCUGCGGCCAUCGGCUCCCAGAAGAAGUUCAGCCGGCCGCUGCUGCCGGGGACGACGUCGAAGCUGCCCGAGGAGGAGCAGGUCAAAUCCCACGAAGCUCGAUUCAGAACUCUCUCCACUGAACUGGCCGAGCUGCGCUCCUACCCUCCGGACCGCAAGGUCAAAGGGCGCGAGCUGGAGGAGUACCGCCAGCGAGACGAGUACCUGGAGUUUGAGAAAACACGGUACGGGACUUACGUCAUGCUGCUGCGAGCUAAGAUCCGGAGCGGCGAGGAGGACCUGUCUGUGUUCGAGUCCCAGCUCCUGGAGGACAACGGGCUGCAGAGGGCUCACUCCAGCCCCACGCUGCAGGAGAGCAGCCAGGCCAGCCAGGCCAGCAGCACCAGGGACGGGGGCAACAGCAGCAAAGCCAGCGCCUGCAGCAGCAGCAAGCUUCGACCGGAAGGCCAGAGACACAGCUACCGGCAGGCCGUCAAGAAGUGAGACGGGGCGGGGGCGCCGGGAGCGGCACAGCGUUGCACUGCCAGCGGCAGGCCGUCUCCCUGCAUAGGUUUUUAUUUGAGAUCCAGGAGGGUUUGGAGCUCUGCUUGAAGGGGGAGCAGGAGUGAGGGUCUACCCCACGCCCUCCCCCAAACCACGACGCCCUACCCGGCACCCCGAUCUUCUCGUCUACCAGAGGAGGGCUGGGAAACACCAGCCAGGUUGCUGGUGCGGGAGGUGGGAGGAUCGGCUGGGAGGUCACAGAUCUGCAGAGACGAGGUGUCUUUGAGAAGGAGCGCUGGGGGCAGCAGCUGAACUGAGCAGCCACACGAAGAGGGGGGCUGAACCCUGAACGCAGCACCCGACAGGGACGAACAUCCAGCAUCCGUUCCCUUUCUCCCCUUUUGUUCUUUCGGGCACCUCUCCGGCCACGUUCUCCCACCUUUUUUCUUGACCUUUCACUCAGUUUUGGGACCAAACACGUUUUAAAACAUCUCAUUUUAGACGAGCGCUGGUUCGACUUCAGCUGAAUUGCUACCUUCUCUCUGUUUUGAAGCGCUGUAAUAGUUGUAAAGCGUCACCGGGUCUUACGGAGCCAUCACAUUCCAGCUCCUUUUUUUUGCCACAUCGCCGCGGUGCGUUCACAUUCCACGCAGGAGCCGGACAUCGCAGCUUUCAGCUCCUGCACGUAUUUGUAUUGCGGCUGCAGCGCACGACACGAUGAGCUGCUGCAGCUCGUCUCUGCUCGACGACGUCAGUGCUCCUGCUGUGCAGCAACAUCACUGCGUCUCAUCCACAGAGGUCGUUUUUUGCUCUACUUGAACAGGCGAUCUUUCCCCCCCCCGGUUGCUUUGGCUUCUGUCCCGUGGUGUGCUUCUGUUCUCUUUCUAUUUCUUGGCCGAAAGUUGUUUUCUCCAGUGAUCCGCAUGCCUGCAUCCAGCACAGCUUCUUUUAGGCCUUUUACGACGGUGAGGGCAGCAAAGCUGUUCUCCGGGGUCAUUUAGUCCUCUUCCUCAUGCCGGUGCCAUAGCCAACACGUGUAAUCUCUGUCUGUACUUAUAGCUUCUCAUUUAUAAACCCUAUUUUAACACUCACCAGGCAGACCCUGAAUGUUCUUGUUUUUUCAAUAUUUUUACAGUAUUUUACAGUCGUUUGUUGAUGUUGAACCUAUUCCACCUGUGUAUGUCAAGUGUCUGAUGAAAUAUGAUAUUGAAAAUGUAAAAGGAAAUAUGUUAUCCAUACUCUUUGUAAACAUCCAGGAUAUGUUGUAUAUAAGGCACCAUCAGCUUAUAUUGUAGGAAACAUGACAGUAUAUUUACAAUAUAUUCAACACGCUGUUGUGAAGAUGCAUUAGGUGCACUCAAAGCUGACAUUUUCUUGUCCCAAAAGCACUACGCGGUAAUCAUGUGUUGUUCUUUUCUUACAUGGUGGUAAUAAUUCAGCACAAUAUGAGUAUUAUAGUAAAGCCUAUGUACCUAUCAGAGAUUAGUAAGCGAUCAGAGCGCGUUUGUGACAGGAUUUCGCCACGUGGGGGUGAAAAAAAGUGAUUUUGUGCGAGUAUUUCAGGUACCGUGGGAGGUGUUCCAAAGACGGCGCAUGGUUCGCUGUGACCUGAUAGCAUGAUUUUAAAGGGAUCAGGGUUGAUCGCGUUGUCAGACAUGCAUGAAAAGGUGAGGAAUGUAAAAAAAAUGGAAGAUAAUGCGACUAUGAAGCUACUAAAUAAGGAGAACUGGUUUAAAUACUGAACCACAUAAUGUUUGGGUAUGAUUUUGGUAGCCAUGCACACCUCACAGCAUUAUUAAUGUAUAGCCAUUUUCUACUCAGGCUUUAAAACGACCCCUUGAGCAGCUGCAGUGCCAGCGUCCGACCAGCAGGGAGAGCUGUCAACAUUCAGUCUUUUCAGCCAUAAUCACACCUGCUGCACCUGCAGUGAAUAUGCAUGUCGCCACCCGCUCGCCUGAGGCCGGGAUGGGUGUUGCAGGGCUACAUGAGACGACACCUGUUCGCGUUAACCGUGGAUGUGAAGUCUGUUUGAGUGUGUGUGUUGACGCGUCUUGCUGUGUGUGAAUGUUAGCGUGUGCAUGUGACUGCGGUGGCUGUUCAGAGGACUUGGCAGCCGGUUUCACGUCUGAGGCUUCUUCCAUCCACCAUCGGCUCCCGUGUGAUUUAACAUGAUUUAAGAUUGAGGCUGAAGCACAUCAUACGGUUUGCCUCGGUCACAGCUCUGCUGCAGUUUACAGUCGAUUAAUCGAUUCGACAGAAAGUUCUGAACUCAAGCAAAAACCCCCCACGACCCCCAGUUCAGCUUCUUUAUUAUGACUUUGUCCUUCUUUUCUUUGUCUCCUCUGAGAGUGAAACUGAAUGUUUGGGUUUUGACUGUUACUCCGACAAAAGAAGUGAUCCGUUGCUAUUUUUCUCUACUCUUUGCUGAUGAAACGAUUAAUCGAUAAUGAAAAUCCCGAUUAAUCCACAGCUCACUCCACCCCUCUCGUCACUUUCAGCCUGGCGGUUUGAUGUUGCUGCCACAGCUGACAUCCUGCAUCUCAGACCAGUUAUGUAACGUCACAUCACAGCUCAGUGUUCAUGAGCAGUGUUUGACUCUUUAUAAUGUGGCCACGCCGGACUCCUGCUGCACAACACCCGAUUCAUUCUUCGACAUUCAGUCACAUCCCAUAAAACAUGUAUAGAUUUAAAAGCACAUCUCAGAUUUUAUCCUGGAAUCUGAAAGAUGGUUUUAUUGAAAACUGAAGCAGCUUCCAUUUGUGCUACUUUACGGAAACAACCUUUUGUUGGACAUUAUCAUCACUUCAUUUAACGAGUAGCCACAGCCUCACUAUCAUUUAGCACAAAUGUACCAAAAGACUCCCCCCACCAAGUCAAGUUUAUCCACUUUUAUUAAAAUGUAGUCGCGUGUCUCCAAGGUCAGAAAUAAAUCUUAAAUCUGAAUGAAGUCGAUCAAAAAGGAAAUUCAUCUGCAACAUUAAUCUUUGCAUUGUUGUUUUGAAGCAGAAAUGUGAAAUCUCAGCUUCUUCCAGCUUCUCAAAUGAGAAGCUUUGCUGCUUUCUUCAACAUAUACGACCAUAAAUCAAAUGGCCACUUUAUUAGGUACACCUGUACCAUGUAAUGCAAUCCAAUACAACAGCUCUGCACUGAAUUCUACUUUUAUGAAGCUCAUCAUUAUCAUGUUGAAAGGUAAUAAUGUAUGUUUAUUCUUGAGGUCAGUGGAUGGUGGUGUUCACUUCUCAUUAAACACAGUCCAACAAAACUGCAAACUACAACCUCAGCAACAAACAUUAUUGGACGUUAUUAUCUUCGUAAACUGGAUUGGACUGCACGAUGUUGUACAGGUGUACUGAAUGAAGUGGCCACUGAAGGUAUCAGACAAAAAGGGGCAUUUAAAGGCGCCACCUUCAGCUUCUGGAAGCUGCAUUCUUCAUUGUUUUUUUACAUUUUCGCAGACUAAACAGUGAUUUGAGAGAAUAAUCAGAAGAUUAAUUGAUAAUAGAAAUAAUCACAGGUCGUUCUUGGUGUUUUUGGAUACGGCACUGAUAGAAGAUCCUCCUCUAACUAACUAAAUGCAGUAACUUCAUCUGAGCACAGGCUCUGUACGCUCCAUGUGCACAGCAUGGAUGGGCGUAGUAUGGAAGGAAGGCACUUCUUCAGAACCUCCACCUUGACAAAGUCUCCAAGGUCCCCCUCUCCUCCCCACCUCCUCCCACCAUGUGUUGUCACCACUCACUUACAUCAAAGAGCAGCUGCAGGAUCUCCAUGGCACUGGUUAGCAUGGAAAUGGCUGGUUACCCUGGUGACGGCUCUGUGAUGCUCAAGUGAAAGUCACCCCGUGGUACGCAGCAGCGGUAGAAUACCUCUGUUAAAGCAGCAGUGCAUGCCUGCAGCAGUUUGGGCAAACCGUCCUUUAAACGUGCACUUGUGCUGUUUCCAUUCAAAGCCUCAUUUCUGAAUGUGACAUGUAAAUAAAGCAUGAGAUAUUAUGGCCUGCGUUCAUUUAUAUUAUGGUUAGAGUAUUAAAUGAAGGGUUAAUAUAUAAGGUAGGUCAACAUUUUUCUUCCUGUCCUUGAGCUCAUGGUCUUUUUUUCUUUUUAUUUCUCUCAAUGUGAAUGAAGGAAAUGGCUAUAUUUAAUGCUGUCGUAUGCUGUUGUGUUUUAGAGAAUUGAGCCAGCUCAUACAAAUCUUUUUACAUGUAGAGGUCUGAUCUGAUCCAUCUCAGUGUUUUUUAGACUGGUGCAGGUAAAGGCAAUGUUCAUUUUAUGCUACACAUACAGUGAGCUACAUGUGUCACUGCCUUGUUAAAACUCACCAAGGAAAUGUUGUUUGUGAGCUUCUCAUUUUGGGAAGCAAAGAAGAUGAAAAUAAAAGUGUUUUGGAA